AAAAACUGAUACGUGGGGAGGUGAGUUGGCGGAGAAAAAAAAAUCACGUUUUUGAGUGAGAUUGUUUGAGGAACAAGUUGACUCGUUUAGCUGUUUAUUUGUUUGAUUUAAAAGCUAUUUUCUUAAGAAUUACAAACAGAGGCUAACUAGACGGCUUGCUAUCGAACCAACGUUAGCUAGCUAACACGGUGGCCAGUUAACGUUAGUUACCAAACAACAAGAACUGAAUCCCAAGGCUUCUGUUAUUUUGCAUUUGAAACUUUUUCGAACUGUUGAUAACAUAACAUCAAGCUAAUCACUAUCAUGAGUUUGACGAUGGAGACCAGUGUCUCUUUCCUCAAAUAUGAACUUGCAUCGACCAUCGAACAGGCAGUGAGGUGUGCAGUAGAAGCCGUUUUGAAGGAAACUGCUAGAGUAGUCAGUAUCAAACUGGCCGCAGCUCGGACUGCUGCUGCUGAGUCUCAUCGUGAGAACCAAAGUUUGAGAGAGAGACUUGACGUAUCAGAGGGUGAACUCAAAGCAACACGGUACUACAUAACAGCAGCCGAGAAGAACAUCAAACAGUGUUUACUUCUUAAUCACAACCAGCCUAGAUCGGGUGCUUUAGGACCUGGUUCGGAAGAGUCUCCUUUUCUCUUUCCCCCCACUGCUUCGGGGAGUCCUUCCAAUAUGCUCACGACCCGUGGCCCCAAGUCGUUUCGAGCCUCAUCCACACGAUCACAGUUUUCUAAGUCACUCCCCAGUGUCGGUCUUUGCUUACCAACAGUGCAGCAUGAAUGGCCCAGGAGCAGCGAAAACUUGAGAAGAAUACGGACAUCCUCCACUGUCUCUUCUACCAAUCCCUCACAAACAUCCAAAGUGCCACAAUUAGAGGUUGGAAACUCAUCUCAUCACAUUGAGGAGGAUACAGAGGGUCAAUUCUACAUUACAGACGAUGGGGUUGCAGAGAAAGAGUACAAAGUCCGUGCAACUGGAGGAGAGGACUCUGGAAUAAUUCAACAGGAGCAGGAGGGAGGAACAGUGGCAGCAGAGGACCCUCACAGAACUUCUAUUACCAACUUUGAGUUGGAGAUGGGCCAGAGUCACCCAGCAGGCAAUGUGAAUGACCUGGGCCUGAUCCAGGUGCUCGAUGAGGUGGAUGAAGUUAAAAGAACAGUUAAAAUUGAAAAUGACCCUGAGGUCCCAAGUAUGCUGGAGUCCCACCUCCCUGGGUCAUCACAACAACUGCCACAGAUGCCAGCUCACAUUGAUAAUGAUGGUGACAAUGAUGGUAACUUCAUGGGGUCUGUCCCACCCUCUGCAGGGGACGCUGGUCUUCUAGGGGCUUUUGAAGUCAGAAGGGAGAGCUCGGAUAAGGUGCAUCGUUGCAAUGUGUGUGGCCGGGGAUUCCGCCGCUUCUACUGCCUGAAGACACACCAGCGCAUUCACACGGGUGAGCGGCCAUAUCCCUGCAGGUAUUGCGAGAAGCGUUUCCGACACCUGGACAGUCUGCAUAAGCACCAGCGCAUCCACACUGGGGAGAGGCCCUACCGCUGUGCCCAGUGUGGCUGCUGUUUCAGGGAGCUAGGCCAGCUCAAGAAACACAGGCUGACCCACUCACCUGCUCCCACCACACCCCACCCGGUAGUGGCACUGUCUCUACUCCAAGCAGGGCCCUCCUAUACAUGGCCACACCUCCACUCACAGUCCCUGGAUUCCUAAUCAGGAUGGAUUUGGUACACACAUUCAUACAAACAUAUUUUGUAAACAUGAUAUGAUGGUACUCAUUUUGUGUGUUAAGUUCACCCUAAUCAAAGUUAAUAUUAUUUAAUUGACAAUGUACACAAGCUGAUCAUGUAACAAUCAUAUAUUGCAGGUAAGCUAGUGGUUAGUUACCCUUUCCUUUUCUGGGCCUCCCGAGUGGCGCAGCGGUCUAAGGCACUGCAUCGCGGUGCUAGAGGUGUUACUACAGACCCGGGCCACAACAGUUUGGCAUCGAGGGUUGAUUUUCAUUAACUACACACCUGGUAAAAUGGAAAUGCAGAACACUUUGGCUGAGUUGAUAGCACAAUACAGAAAUUAAUAGUGUAUUUCAGUUGGUAUUACAUGCAGAUCUUUAUCAACAGUUUAACACUAUAAUUAUAAAGCCAAAACUGAAGGGAAAAUAUGUAUUUAAAGUGAUGCUUCUGUUGUAUAUUGUUUGCAUUAGCCUGUUCAUUUUGAACAGCAAUGAAUUUAUGUUGUACGUUUUUGAUUUACCUAAAAAAGUCACAUUUU